AUGUGGGCCAAUGAGCGUCGCGAUCCUUUUGAAAGCGUCCUUCCGAAGUGUCCCAUGGAGAGACAUGUUUCGAAUUUUCCCUGUCCGGGCCCUCACAGACACUAUCUCAACUUUUACGACGACAAUCCGAAUGCUCCGGUUGGCAGAGGUGAAGUGCUCUGUCGUCUCUUUGUCUUCAGCAAUCUUCGCUACUCCAAGACGAACGCCGGAGGCGGAAAAUACCUUAACGGUACCAAAAGACUGCUUGAGAGCGUGUUAAUUUGUGCUGGAACAUGCAACGUGGAACUGGUUCUCAACCUGGGCGGAACCAUCGACACCAGCAACAUUGAAACCAACGGGGAACUGCAGGAGUUAUUUGAGGACGUGCGAGCAGAGUUCGAGCAUAGCUUUCUAAAGGUUGGUCUUCGAAUACCUGUGGCUUAUUUGGUUAUCCGUUUUCCUAGACUCACCACGUAUUAGGAGACAUGGAGGCGGCAGUUCGGACCCAGUACAUACACAGUUUUUUCGCCGAGACUGCGAGACGGCUGGAUGACACAAGAAGUUGUGUGAGGUGUUGCGGAAACACCUUUUACAAGGUAAGGGGACGAUGAAAAAUUUCAUUUGACAUGCACUUCGAUCCAUCGAUUCUCACUUUCUAUCGAAGUUAAAAUAAAAGCAAACAAUACACCUUAGCGAGUGAUUUACCCCGAGUCGACGCCAAUCUGUGAGGACAGGCAUGUUUGCAUCUUGUCGUGAUUCAGUUAACACACGCAGUAGUAAGAGCUAUAAAUACCUCCCUCUGAUGGUAUUGUGCAAAAACCGAAAUCCCUAAUUUUGCCCGCAAAGGAAACCCUAAAACCCAGAUUGGAGCACCAUGCCACCCAAGCGGUUGAGGAGGCCAUUCAAGUCGUCAGCAAAUCCAAAAAUAUUUUAAUUUAUGAGAAUUUUCUUCUCUACUGCCUACUGUUUUAUUGCGCGAUUUUGCCACCAAGUUGAAGUUAACUCUCCUAGUGUUUUUAUGGGCGACACUUCUAGCAGUUCUUGUGCCAGUGAACAAUGCAGCUUGGUGUAAGAUCGUGGGAAUUUGGUAAAGUAAAGCAGUUGAAAUCAAUGUGCUGUCCUGAUGGAUCUAAAACGGUCAAAUCCGUUCUUUUAGUCCAAAGUUAUAGUGUAGCUUUUUUUAAAAAAAUGUGCCAGAAAAGUUUGUGGGUUAAGUGGUUCAAAUUGAUUUCCUGAGACGUGCACCGUCGAACUUCUUUUCGUUAUGUAUUCCAGUAUAUUUAAGGGUAGUAAGCAAUGCUUAUGAAUACCCCAUUUCAUUUAAAAUGUGCUCUUCAGGAAUUCCGCACUCACCUCUAUCAAAUGAUUGUCUUUAAUAUGUGGUAUGCAUAAUUGCUGAAUCAAAUGCGGCGAAUGACAUUUCAAGGAUAGGAAAUAUGAGGAUAAAAGAAAUGUGGCCAAUGAGUUGGAAGACCCUCGUAUUAAAUCUACUUGCCAAAGCUACGUCAGGCAGACCUGUUCAGAAGUAUGAUACUUGUUAAAUAAAUGCUUUGACAUAAAUGACCUGGGACGCUUAGAUAAGAUAUCCAAGAGACUCAUGUUUCAGUUGAGAGAAGAUAAUGGGAAUAAGAUGACCCAUUCUUCGAACUAUUAUAAAGAUUUGUUCGUUGCUAACGGGUUCUUUGUUUGGGCUAUCGAAGGACUCAAAAACUGGACACACUCAAUCCACAUAUAGGACUUCAGGUUUACGCAUAUCGUUCUGUUGAUCCCGUCGUGCAGACACCAGACUGAUGGACUAUUUGGUCAACGUUUUAUUGGACUGAUGAGAACAACAAGACCAAAAUGACCACUUUCUCCGUCAGGCGCGCUUAAAUUUUUUGACACGAAGCCCAGUGUUCAGCCCAUAAUUGGGCUACCUGCUGAGCCCAAGACAAACACGAGAUUAAAGACUGGAGAGGGGAGGGUGACUCAAAUGGUUAAUCACGCAGUCUGUUGGCCAACUUGACCGGAUUUCAGACUUCAACUUCUCCUCCUCGUGGAUUUGCGACAAUGAGUCAAACCAGGCUGCCCCUUCUCUGCCAAAAAGGGCAUGUCGUACCUUGCGAGGGUUUGUAGGGGCUCUGGUUCGAAACAGCUAGACAAGACAGUGCGUUUGUUUUCCGUCUCAGGUUGAGCUGGUAAAUACUGACCCAAAGGGACUUUGAGUCACACGAGUCAGGACAUAUCAAAAAGAACAUCCGAACAUCUCCCACCAUGUCUAAAAAAGGGCGAAACCAGGAACGAAAUCAACCACAUAAUCUCUGCAUUUGUGGUUGAUUUUGGAGGUCACACGGACGAGGUCUCAAUCACGUUUACCUAAAACCAGUGAGGACAGUGUCUGCUUGUAACCUAAGAGACGGCCGCAGUCAGGUUACGCGAGCCGGUCUUGUGUUCGCAGAAGAGUUUCGUGCGGGCUUUGAAUUUGCCCUGGCCAAAACUAGUUAACCUGUCGUUAAUUCACGCAGGUAUCAGCGCUUUCUUGCCACCUCGCUGUCGAAGUGCCUAUUCUCAACCCUCUAAUCUCUAACAGUUUGACCGUUGCGAACAGCAGCGUCCACCUGGCGCACGCGACAUCUGCGACUUGAGCGGGAAUUAGUUUACCGUGGGGCUGACUUGCACAGCAUCUACCGUACUUCCUCUUCCCUCACCCACCUCCCUUCGAUAGUAAGACAGUGCUAGGACGAUUGAUGAUGAGCGCGGGCUCAUUGAUUGAAAAAAGUUAGACAGUCGGAGCUCACGUGCUAAACGGCAGCUCGACUGUCGAUUCCGACGUUGCCCGCCGUAUACGCUACAGCAUGAUAGGCGUAGGGAUGGCGUCUCUCACGCGAUAUAGCCCAUAGUGAUCACGGACCUGAGCAAAACCUAUCCCAUUCUCUCCUCUUUCCCCACGUGGGCUCGGUGUCCAGACAGAGUCAAGCAGACCAGAGGCAGGAUGGGGCUCAGUGGUUGACAGUGCUAAGCAGUCCGCAACACGUGUCCUACACGACCCAUUGCGUGUGCGGUGGAUCGGGUUUUCACAUAAACAAGGAGUCACUAAGGUCCCGUCUGAGUGCGAGUGUCAUGGUAAGAAGGAGCUAUUAAGAGAUAUGUGCUGAGAUCAUCAACCUCCCUCUCCAAUCCUGUGACUCAGCCUAUUGUCCGCAACGGUCAACCAAGUGAUGCUUCGACUGGGAGAGGUGGCUAACAAAAGUAAAAAAAUCGCGUUUUCAUGUGUCACACACCAUAUGGAUCCUCGUGCAACAAACCCGGAUUUCACAUAAAGGUGGACUGCACGUAGCAUACACACGCUGGAGUAGCAUAAGAGCCACAUGGGGCAGGAGUCGUAGAUGACACUCAGCACUCAAGCCGGAGGCGCCUGUUUCAUGCUUUUGAUGGGUGACGUCGGAGGGGUUCGUGUGUGGUGUAUAUGGUGGCAGAGUUUGGCUUGCGGCGGUUUACCGCGAAUCAGUAUGGAGACACAUGUGACCGAGUGCGAUGACUGAACGUGCGUGAACAAUGCGGACAGUCGGGACAAUGGCGACGGGUGUAUUUUUGCACUUCUGACAAUGGGUCGCCAGUCUCAGUGCGACGGACUAACAGGUGACCGACCAGGCCGAUGCGUGAGGUGCAUGUGCGUUGCCAGUAUGGACAGGAUAGGAUGGAAACCGCUGAAUCUGUUGCAGUCGUGAUUGUUCUGGUGGUGGCCGCGCUGCUGGAUGGGAAGUUUGCAGUGCUGGAGAUGGGAUAGUUGUCCAAUUUGUGAGGUGUGCUCGGCGUGUUGUCAUGAGUGUGAAUUCUGCCGCCAGGGAUACCCAUUUGGCAGAAUAAGGCCAUGUGGUGAGUGAAUGCCCGAGGGCAAUGUGUCAUCUACUAACUACUUUUGAUUAUCCGGUAAGGGUCUGGUUUACUCCCUGGGUCACUUAUUCGGGGAGCAAUUGUGCUAAAAUUCAGUGAGUUACGAUAUUUAUUUGUAGGUGCCGGAGAAAGGAAUGAAAAGCGUUAGGUUGGUCAAGAAGCUUUAAGGUAUUCACCGGAGUAAAAAUACGACAAUGAAAUGCCUUUUGACAGUGCUUUCAAAUGGGCACUAAACUUUUUUACUAUUAUCACUUAAUAGUGAAAAUAGUGCCCUCAUUUGAUUGGGGACAGUAUGGGCAAUCAGAAUUUGUGAUACCACGAAGUUCUUGGAUGUUCGGCUCUUUUUUCAACACGAUUGCUCCCCCCAAGUAAGUAACCCCGUCGUAAGCCAUACCCUUGCCGAUUAUCCUACCAUAUUCACAAUAUUGUCCAUCUGUGAAAAGAUGUAAAUAAGACGAUUGCCCUAACUGCAAACAUGUUUUCAUUCACGUCGUUUCCCUAUAUGUGUCCUGAUCUGACGCGAAUUUGCCGAAACCAACCAUAUGCUCGCCAAAGAGUCUUUUCGGCUUUGAAGGACUUUAUCCUGAACACUUGUUAUAAGAAGUGGCGACUUUUUUCCUAGUCUGGAAAUUACGAAAAACAUGAUGUAUUGGCAUACUGAGACUUCUGCUUCUAUCUUAACUGGCAAGGGAAAUUCCUUGAUUUGACAAACACCCUUACUACGACAUGAACUCUAUCAUUGUUUCUUCACGCCAGGUACCAAUUGGUCGCGAGUACACACUGAUUGUAAUCGAUGGUUAUGAACUGUUGGUCGUGGAUCCCAAGAAGUCAGAACUCUGUGCAAACAGUAGCACGAGUAGUGAGGAAACUGGAGAUGGGUUUCGCCUCAAUUUUCCAGUUCGUGACGCAUCAGGACGGAAGGUGAGUUCCGAUGGCUAGUUACUAGGAGGUAGCCUAUCGUACCCUCCUCAGACCGACUAAUAGUAAUAGCUAGUUAAUCAGAUAUAUUUUACUGUGCUCAUUGAAGGAUCUUUUUUGUUCAGCCAAACGAGUAUCGACUGUGUAAUGUGUGUUCUCAGUUUGAUUAACAGAGCAAUGAUAGUUUAAGGCACCUGACACUCGAACCAGAAGACCUACCAUGCUGAGAUUUCAACGGGAGAAUAUAAGACAAAAGUGGAGACACUUCUCUUAGAAUUGAUCAACGAAAUGAUCUAUUAUACCAUAAGACUCACAGUACUGCAACAGUGUAAGAGGAACUAAAGAUUCCAGGGAUCAUCAUGAUGCAGUUUUAGGCAUCAUUGGCAGUUGAUUACGUCGCAUCACAGUGAGUUGCUUCCUUUACUCCGCCUCUCUCUCCCCAAGUGUAAGUUUUCGCUGUAAAAGCAGACAAAAUUAGCCCUUUAGAGUCUGUAUACAAUGUCAUUUGCGCUCCUGCCGCUAAAUAAAACUGGACAGAAGAUCAGUCUUUGAUGAUUUUUUUCAGCGACCAGAAAUGAAUGGAGAUUCUCCAAACUUGUAGAAAGGUCACUCUUCAUCGAGGCCGCCCCUUUAGUCUAGACAGCGGCUAUAUGAAUGCUACGGUUGCGCCAAUAACUAACUACAGAAAUGAUCAUCUCAGUCUAUUGUAGAUUCUGAAAGGUUAUUCAGCUGUUUUAACUGUUUUUUUUCGGCAGAUUUAUAGGGGAACGUGAUAAGGGACGUGCCAAUCAAGUCUAUCACAGAUAGAGCACCUUUAAUGAUGUCAUCUCCUCUUUCUUUCCGCUCAUGAUUCUAUUGGAGGGCGCACAACGAUAAGGUAGCAGGAUACCCGCUUCCCCCUGUGCCCUGGGGCUCAAUCCGGGGCCCCUACCGGCGGUCGCGUAGAAACUAAGGGCUAUCGAAAAGAACAACGGAGACCAGGAUGAUCCUUUCUGACUUACCGGCCACCGCUAGGCAACCUUAGUUAAUCUCAAUUUUUCCAGGACCUGAGGUUCGAACCUGCGUUCUGUGACUGGGCCCCUGACAGUUCGUCCGUCGAUUUCGACGAUGACCACCGUGUGCCCCACAGACUGCAUUGUGGGAGCAGGGACGGUGACUUACGCAGGGGUUUAUAGUGCCAGUAGACUUGCCUAACAUCUACCUACACUCUCUCCUCCUCCCCCGCCUGGGCCCGGUGUCAAGACAGAGUCAAGAAGACCGGAGACGGGGGAGGCCGCAGGUGGAUGGCUCGGACGGAUCUUCGCCUUGGCGCUCCACUCCGCACCCCUGGUCCACACACCAAGACCAGGAUUUUGACCACAAAACAAUGGGGUGGAGGCAGUGGUCCAGUUGUGCGACGAAUGCCGACAACAGGGUCUGCCAGCGCACCCCGGGAAUGUUGGCAUUUGUUAUUGCGCACAGAUAACGCCUGCCAGAGUCCGAUUUGGCCCCCGUGUUGGUCCAGCGCAUCUAACACGUGGCCCGUUUUGAGGGCCCCUAGACAAAAUAGGACAAGCAUGUCCGGUAAGCUGAUUGGGGUGGGCCCUUCUACUACAGUUAAUAUGCCCGAACACAACCACCAGGACAACUAGCCAGUGGCUCAGUGGUUUGGACGUUGAACAUUUUAACGUCCAAUAACCAAAGAACGCGCGUUAAAACCUCGGGUUUUGAAAACACGGGUCCGGGUAAAAAUGUCGAAAAUGGCUAUCCUGGUCUCUCUUGCCUUUGUUUGAAGCCCCUUCGCACACUCAUGAUUUUGCUUAAUUUGCGCUUUCACGGUAAACCUUUCCUGUACUAUAGGACCUCGUCUGAGCUCAAGAGGGUUACUUUUACCCCUACAGACCUUUGGACGAGAGUCAAACGCUCUCCUAACUAAGCCUUACCCAUGACUGUAUCACCUAACCUUGAGAAUUCUAUUUAAAAGAUCAUCGUUUCCUUUUGCUAACAGUGUUCCAUGCACGAGGACGCCAAUUCAGCUCGAGUGGGAUGGCCUCAAGAGAUGCAGGCUAAGGGCCACUUCCUGACGGCGGGUGAGAAGACCUCAAUGCCCAGACUUCGGACAGCUGUCUCUAAGAGCCAGUUGCGUUGGCUGGAAGAAUCCCUACUCAGUUGCAUGCACAAUAACCAGAAUGUGGUGAUUGCUUGUGAGUGAUUUAUAUGGCAUUUGUGAGUUGGACCGUCGCGAGCAACGGCCCCCACAGUGUGGUCACUCGGAGUAGGCGAGUGUCGGUAACCUGCACUUCAAUUAGUUUACGACGAGGCAGACUUGCGCAGCAUCUACCGUACCUCCUUCUCCCUCAUUUACUAAGCUUUUGUGGCUAGGCAGUGUCAAGGCAACAGAAAGGGACCACAAACGCAGUGGUGACGAAUUUUUAACCGUCCGACUACGCGUGCCACACGAUCUGGUUAGUAGUACAUAUACCGGACCAUCUGUAAGGGCGGCAUGGGUAUCAAGUUUAUGGGUGUUCAAUGAUGGCUACGUUAAUAAGGGACGACUGUCCACAGUGAUAUUCUCUACCUGAUCGACUCUGAACUGACAGCCUCUUAUUAUCCCCCAUAUUCACAACUUACCACUCUCAUAUAAAGGUGAACAUAAGUAGUUUCUCAAAUUGCCUGUAAACAAACUGGUCUAAAGAGAAUUUGGCAAAAGCCAGGAGCCGCCACUUCCGUCUGGAAAUCCAAUCAACAAAAUCCUGGCAGGAAUUGGGUCAGCACGUAGUUGAGAAGCAUUGUCGGGAGAAAUUAUGCAACUGGAAUAACAGGUCAAACCGUCUCUUCAGGAAACCGCAAAAGUCUGCUGUCAAACAACAAAGUCGCGACCCACUUUUGUUGUCGUGAGACGAAGUUGACAGUUCUCAGCACAAAUAUUCUCCCGGUGGUCAAUGUACUCCCUUCGCUUAGGAGUAGUUGGACUUCUCAGUCCAGAAAAUCUGUCUGCCAGGUUGAAAGGCACACGGAAAGGCUGCACACAAAGGCGAUGGUAUAUUAAUCACCACUAACUAACGAUAAAGACAGUGGACGAGGAGGUUAAAGUUUGAAGUAAUAUUGACAAAGACAAUGGAAACUGGGAUAGGCAUUCGAAGAUUAUUAGCCGUCGCCAGACAAUUAUACAAAGUUCCUGAGGUUCGGACAUGCGUACUGGUGGUUAGCAGCCCAACGCUUUAACCACGGGGCUGCGGGUUCGUCGUCCUGUCGGCUUGUGAUUGGGUAUAUUGACCUAUGCAAGAUGGCCGAUUUUGGCUUGCAAAAUUCUGGCAGGAAUUUAGUCGGCACCUAGCAAACAAUGGUAGAAGGGCCCUCAUCGAUCGCCCUACGGAACUCGCUCGUCCCGUUGUACCUUAUGGACUCCCCCUCGAGCCCAACCAGCAACCGCACAGCGGCGCAUGAUAUAGGCAGAAUGUUAUUACCGACAAAGACACGGGAGACUGGAAUGACCAUUUCUAGUUUAUUAGCCGUCGUCAGCCAGUCAUACCCAACCCCGAAGUGUGGAACACCUGGGGUUGGUUAGAGGCGUCGAACUCCUAACUAACAGGUCCUAGGAUCGAGCCCCAGGUGUUCCACACUUCGGGGUUGGAAAGGACUGGCUGACGACGGCUAAUAAGCCAGAAAUGGCCAUUCCAGUCUCCCUUGUCUUUGUCGGUAAUAUCAUUCUGCCUAUAUAUCAUGCGCCACUGUGCGGCUGCUGGUUGGGCUCGAGAGAGGGCCCUAAGGCACAACGGGACAAUUAUGUUUCGUAAACCAUCGGUGAGCUCCCCGCUACCAUUGUAUAUUCCCCAUCGAAACCGACAGGACAAUGAGUCCGUUGCUCAGUGGUUAGAGGCGUGGACUUCUAACUAAGAGGUCGUGAGUUCGAGUCCCAGCCGUCCCGCACUUCGGGAUUGGACAUGGCUGGCUGGCAACGGUUAAUAAGCCAGAAAUGAUCAUUCCAGUCUCCCUUGUCUUUGUCGGUAAUGUUAGCCGACUUAGUAAACAAGUCGUGCAUGGGCAACAGACCAGACGGUCUCUUCAGCAAGUUACGAGAAUCCAUGUGCAGCUCAGUCUUGUUGUCGUAAAAUAAGGUUGACAGUGAUCAAAACAAACAUCCUCGCGGUGGUCAAUCAACAUUACCCACUCAGGAGUGGUGAAGUUUUUCAUUCCGAGAGAUCUGUCAGGUUGAUCAAAAUGAACACGAAAAGUGUGCAGAUGGCGCGUCCUUAAAUGACACACCAAAUGGCGUUGGUGCGGUGCGCAGUAUUAGCCAGCAGAUUUUAUUGCCUUCUAGUAUUUGGUUCGACUGUGGACGAAGGGAUCAAUAUGUGAACGAAUACCGGCAGCUGGAAUGACCACUUGCUGCCGUCAGCCAACCAUGCCCAACUGCAGGACUGCAGUCUUGAUCUGGCAUUCGAACCCCUGAUUCUUUGCUCAGUGCGCGCUUUAAAGUCCAAUGUUUCACCAUUGGCCUACGGGUAUGCUGCCCUUUUUACUGCGGCCGGAACUACUGACUAUCCUGUGCGUGGAUGGCGACAGUGGAUAAGCCAAAAAUGGUCAUCCCAUUCUCUCUUGCCUUUUAUCGGUAUUCUCCUAUGCAUAUAUUCCUGGUCACUAUAAGAGUGCCUACAAACGCUCUAGAUUGACACUUAAAGCCCAACCGGGGGAUCAUAUCCCGUAAUCUGAUCGGUGAACGCCCUGCUGCCACAGAGUUUGUAGCGGCCAGCCAUCAUGGCCGGUCUGGCCUCAUUGUUCAAGACCUCGCUGCCUCAAGGUCAUCCACCUUUUUGCAGAGAGCCGUUCCAGGCGCGCUGACCUGAAGUCACACGACCGACAGUUCGGGUACACCUGCGGCCGCACAGCCGCAGCUGCCCAUGCUGCCACUUGAAGGCACCUCCCCCCUGCAACCACAACCUAAGCCACUGGUGCACCACCCCUCGGCAAAUGCAACACACGCUGACUGGACACCACUGGAGCUUGGCCCACGAGCCUACAAAAGCGGCUGCCACCACUAUCUCAGGGACUCUCAGGCCCGACCGGACGCAGUCAACACCAGCCUUGGCUUCGCCAGUGGCCACUGUCGCCUGAGAGGGCAACUCCGGAUUAUGUGCAUAAUAAACCCCGCAAACUGGUCCCUUCAGCCGUCUCCCUUUAACUUGGGAUCUGACCCGAUGACGGUAGCGCACGGAUCACCUAUUCUCGUCGCUUGGUUACAUCAAGUUAAACACCCCAACACACCUUAGAAAAUAACGUCAGAGGGUUACUCCCUGGUCUAAUAAUCCGUAGUAAACUCAAAUUCGGCAGAAAAACACGAGUUUAAACUGCCAGGGUGGUGUUAAUAGCAGUGCUGGAGCCAAUUAAGGCAGGACAAGUUCUAUAUUUAAAAAAAUUUACCGACCAGGCCAGACAAACUGGAGCGUUUCUUUUAACUUGGGUGGUAUUAUUAACCCGCCUGGCCUCGGUAUGAAUCCAAGUAGGACUUUGCCGUUUCCAAAUAAAUGUGAACGCUUCAUCGUGACCGACAACGUGUAUGUCCGUAGUACGACGGUUCAACCGCCCGCCUUUGGACGCGGCCCUGGUUGACCAAUAACAGUCAACAGGGUGGGAAUGGACCCCCUAGGCUGUGUGCGUUUGCCGAUAAAAUUCUUUAAUCAUUUUAACCACAGAACGGAACAAGGGCGAUUUAGCGUUUUCUUGUAUCAGCGGUCACAUAACAAUGCCUAGUCCAUAAUCGAAAUCGGAAUAUGGCUGAUUCAUGACCUUGUCAGUAAAAUUUACCUUCAUUUUAGAAGCGUCAACUCACUGCCAUGUCAUUGUUUGCAUUGGUGCUGAAACUCGUGCCUUUCUACUUCCUGCCCUGAGCAAUGCAGCUCCUUUGGCUGAGGGGUGUUCGUAGUCAGGCACGCCACGGAGGGGAUAACCUUACGGCCUUAGAAGUUGUGUUUGCGUAUAGAAGCGAAGAGACGAGUCCCAGGAAGCAGUGGUGAAGAAGGAGCCCCGAUCGCUGGAGCAAGAAUUUUGUUCGUCUGACCUUUCGAUUUCCUGCCCGAUGCCCGUCAUCAGAAACAACAACAGAUACGGAUAGUUCAUACAUAAGGCGCUGAAGUACUCAUAGGAUGCAGUCACCAUGCUACCGCAUACGUAUGAAAAUCCUUGUCUUCCGUCUUCAUCAGGGCUCGCUGCACUUGUUAUGGCGAUUUUUCGAUGUCCGACAUUCGUGUUAUAAGUCUUCGUGAUUUCAUCCCGAAUGUUGAAUGUUGGCGGGAUGAUUUCUCGACCAUCAAGCCCACCGACUCUGGCGUUGGGAGUAGUGUUCCCCUAUGCGUCCCGCCCAGGUUUAGUCUCAGCUGGAGCGUCAGGCGAAUAAAACUCUUGUUCCAACAACCGUGUCUCCUUCUUCACGUUGUGUUUUCAUUUCUAGCCUCCAUCGUCUCCCCAAUAACUCGGUCGUUCUCUCGAUCAGUGACUCCGGCAUACCCAAAAGCUUGCAUGCUUUUAUUCCGUCAAAGACAAGUGACGCAUCCUACCCACUGACCGGUAAUUUAGUUUAGGCGUGUCCGUAAUCCGCUGCUGACCUUUCCGAUUCAAUUCUCUGAGCAAUAUGCCAGCGCAGCGGUGAGCGCCGCUAGGAUCCCUCAAAGCAUUCCAGCUGAAAUUUAAGUUCUUUUUUCCAUGCUACUUGACACAUCUCAGUAACGCCUUUAGAUAAUUUCACAACUUUGCCUCACCCUGCAUGCAUUGACACUAGUAUUUACCAGACAGUUGCGUGCUUGCUGCAUGUAAUUUUUUGACCAAUCUGCAUUGGUUUUCUUGCGACAAUAUUGUAACCAAUAGGGAGUUCAAAGGCAUUUGCCUACCUUUCCCUUAACAAAACUGAACUUAAUGAUAUUACCUCUCCCCGGACAAUGGAAAAUUGUUGAAUUUCGAUAGGUAGGAAGAACAUGCAUACGCCUCAUGGGAUCCCCUUAUUUUCUCAUUCAUAUCCAAGCAGAUCGUGCUUUUAUCUUUAUCCACAUGAACCACUCUUGACUUUUCGACUAAUAAUUAAUAGGACCACGCUCACUGGCGCACGAGUAUCAGAAAUUUCUUUCUGUGCUCUUAAGGUCACGCGCCUCUGCAUCCAAUGCUAGUUCGAGACCGGUCCACUCUGGUUUUGAACUGGAGGGAGAUCCUCCGGCUGUUGAUGCAGUACCCGUCAGUCCGGCUGGUACUGUGUGGCAGACAGGCUAACGAGGGUUCUGACCCCCCUCCGGGCUCCUUGCCGUACACGCGUGAUCACGACAUCCUCUACUUCAGUGUGCCCUCAGUGUGCCCCACCACGACUCUGCGCAAUUCGGCCUCUGUCCAUCUGCUGGCUGACCUCGGCUAUGAUUACAUUCGAGUGCGCGGUGAGGGCCUGGGUCUUAACUACAGGGACCAGGAGUUUGGAUGUUUCUCGGCCUUCCGACCUCCGCGCAAGCUCACUCUUGCUGAUCGCGAUUACUCAUUCAAUGGUGCUCUGCUGAAGGGCAUUUAA